UCUGGGGGCUCGGCUUUGCCGCGCUCUGUGCACUUGGGCGAGAGCUGCAACGUGGAGCAGAGCUCCGCAGCCAGCGCAGCCACCGCGAUGAGAGGCGCUCGCGGCGCCUGGGAUUUCCUCUGCGUCCUGCACCUCCUGCUCCGCGUCCGACCAGGCUCUUCUCAACCAUCUGCGAGUCCAGGGGAACCAUCCCCCCCAUCCAUCCUUCCUGCACAGUCGGAGUUAAUUGUCAGCGCUGGUGACCAGAUCAGGCUAAUAUGCUCCGAUCCAGCCUUUGUCAGAUGGACGUUCAAGAGCCUGGAUCCCCACUUGAGCGAUCACAAGGACAGCGAAUGGAUCAGAGAAAAAGCGGAGGCCGUCCACACAGGCAAUUACACGUGCAUCAACAAAGAUGGCUUAAGCAGCUCCAUUUAUGUAUUUGUUAGAGAUCCUGCCAGGCCUUUCCUUGUUGGCCUUCCCUUGUAUGGGAAGGAAGAUAAUGACACGCUGGUCCGCUGUCCACUGACGGACCCAGAGAUGACCAAUUAUUCCCUCAAGGAAUGUGAAGGGAAGCCUCUCCCCAAGGACCUAAUGUUUGUGCCUGACCCCAAGGCUGGAAUCACCAUCAGAAAUGUGCAGCGUGCCUACCAUCGCCUCUGUCUCCGCUGCACUGCCAUCCGGGAGGGCAAGUCGGUGCAGUCGGACAGAUUCGUCCUGAAAGUGAGGGCAGCCAUCAAAGCUAUCCCAGUUGUGUCUGUGUCUGAACCCAGCUAUCUUCUGAGGGAAGGGGAAGAAUUUAUGGUGACGUGCACAAUAAAAGAUGUGUCUAGCUCCGUGGGAGCGAUGUGGAUAAAGGAGAGCAGUCAGCUAACUAAAGCACAGGUAAAACGUAGUAGCUGGCACCGGGGUGACUUCAAUUAUGAACGCCAGGAAACGUUGACAAUCAGCUCAACAAGAGUUAAUGACUCUGGAGUGUUCAUGUGUUACGCCAAUAAUACUUUUGGAUCAGCAAAUGUCACAACAACUCUGAAAGUAGUAGAUAAAGGAUUCAUUAAUAUCUUCCCAAUGAUGAACACUACCAUAUUUGUAAAUGAUGGAGAAAAUGUAGAUUUGAUUGUUGACUAUGAGGCAUACCCCAAACCGCAACACCAGCAGUGGAUGUAUAUGAACAGGACUUCCACCAACAAAUGGGAAGAUUAUCCCAAGUCUGUGAACAAAAGUAACAUCAGAUAUGUCAGCGAGCUUCAUCUCACCCGGUUAAAAGCGACCGAAGGAGGCACUUACACAUUUCUCGUGUCCAACUCUGAUGUCAGUGCUUCCGUGACAUUUACUGUUUACGUGAACACAAAACCAGAAAUCCUGACUUACGACAGGCUCACAAAUGGCAUGCUCCAGUGUGUGGCAGCGGGAUUCCCAGAGCCCACAAUAGAUUGGUAUUUUUGUCCAGGAACGGAGCAGAGAUGUUCCAAUUCUGUCCGACCGGUGGAGGUCCAGAUUCAGAACUCCUCUGUGCCACCAUUUGGAAAGCUGCUGGUGCAGAGCUCCGUAGAUUCUAACAUGUUCCGGCACAACGGCACAGUCGAGUGUAAGGCUUCCAACGAAGUGGGCAAGAUUUCUGCCUAUUUUAACUUUGCAUUUAAAGGUAACAACAAAGAACAAACCCAUCCCCACACUCUGUUCACCCCACUGCUGAUCGGUUUUGUGAUCACAGCUGGUCUGAUGUGCAUCAUUGUGAUGGUUCUCACCUACAAAUAUUUACAGAAGCCCAUGUAUGAAGUGCAGUGGAAGGUUGUCGAGGAGAUAAAUGGAAACAAUUAUGUUUACAUAGACCCAACGCAACUUCCUUAUGAUCACAAAUGGGAGUUUCCCAGAAACAGGCUGAGUUUUGGGAAGACCUUGGGUGCUGGUGCUUUUGGGAAAGUUGUAGAGGCCACUGCAUACGGCUUGAUUAAAUCAGAUGCCGCCAUGACUGUUGCUGUCAAGAUGCUCAAGCCAAGCGCCCAUUUAACGGAACGAGAGGCGCUCAUGUCUGAACUCAAGGUCCUGAGUUACCUCGGGAAUCACAUGAACAUCGUGAAUCUGCUGGGAGCCUGCACUGUGGGAGGGCCCACUCUGGUCAUUACAGAAUAUUGUUGCUAUGGUGAUCUUUUGAAUUUUUUGAGAAGAAAACGUGAUUCAUUUAUUUACUCAAAGCAGGAAGAUCAGGCAGAAGCUGCACUUUAUAAGAACCUUUUGCAUUCAAAGGAGCCUUCCAGCAGUGACAACAACAGUGAGUACAUGGAUAUGAAGCCUGGAGUUUCUUAUGUUGUCCCCACCAAGGCAGAGAAAAGGAGGUCGGCAAGAAUAGCAGGCUCCUACAUAGAAAGAGAUAUGACGCCUGCUGUCAUGGAGGAUGAUGAGUUGGCCCUGGACUUGGAAGACUUGUUGAGCUUUUCUUACCAGGUGGCAAAGGGCAUGGCUUUCCUUGCCUCAAAGAAUUGUAUUCACAGAGACUUGGCAGCCCGAAAUAUCCUCCUUACUCAUGGUCGAAUCACAAAGAUUUGUGAUUUUGGUCUAGCCAGAGACAUCAAGAAUGAUUCUAAUUAUGUGGUUAAAGGAAACGCCCGACUGCCUGUGAAGUGGAUGGCACCAGAAAGCAUUUUCAACUGCGUGUACACAUUUGAGAGUGAUGUCUGGUCCUAUGGGAUUUUUCUGUGGGAGCUCUUCUCUUUAGGAAGCAGCCCCUAUCCAGGAAUGCCGGUCGAUUCCAAGUUCUACAAGAUGAUCAAGGAAGGGUUCCGGAUGCUCAGCCCUGAACAUGCACCUGCUGAAAUGUAUGACAUAAUGAAGACAUGCUGGGAUGCUGAUCCUCUAAAAAGGCCAACAUUCAAGCAAAUUGUCCAGCUCAUUGAGAAGCAGAUUUCUGACAGCACCAAUCAUAUUUACUCCAACUUGGCCAAUUGCACCCCUAACCCAGAGAACCCCGUGGUGGUGGACCAUUCUGUGCGGGUCAAUUCAGUCGGCAGCAGCGCCUCGGCCACUCAGCCUCUCCUUGUGCGCGACGAUGUCUGAGCAGGAGGACCAUUUGGGGUCAUUUCUGUCCCUGCGGGAGCGAUGAUCCUGUUCUGUUGGCGUCUGUGAUGGUUAUUUUGUUUCCCUCUGACUUGUGUCCUGUGCCAGGGUAGUGGCGCCCCCAUAACCCUGUCCUUAUGAGCACACUUUAGUGACUGAUGAUUGUCUUGUCAUCAGCCACCAGCCCAUCUAACUGUAUAUAUUCCCAAAAGCAAAGUAGCUCCUACUGUAUACAGAAAAAAAAAAAUCCGACUUAGAGAAUCUAGGGAGGAUAGGAUGGGCUAGAUGCCCAGAUUUCUUUUCAGUGCUUCUCCAUUUCUGUUUGAAAAGUAUGGUUGGUUGUUUAUUUGAAUAAGUAGAAGUACUCACCUUUGGCCUAAAGAAAGAAUUUAGGAUGAUACAAAGAUGUGUCAGGAUGGGCAGUUGAAGCCCAAGUCCUUUACAUGGAAAUGGAACUUGAUUAGAACAUAGGACACAAAUGGCAAGAUCCAGGUUUGUGAAAUCUAACAUUUCAUGCUGAGAAUGGAACCUAGGCCAAGAAAAAUGCCCCUGAACCUGAAAUAAGCACACUGCUGUGGACCAGUACAUGAGCUUUUGUAUACCUGCCCUGGUUUUUAAAUAGAAUUGACUAUCAGGAGUUGAAUUGGAGAUGAGGCCUCCCUAGCCAGUGUCUGUAUAUACUCAUCUAUAGAUUGUGCAUGAUCAUGCACUGGGGGGGGAGCCCACAGGUUUAGUUUCUGAGUACAACCCUAGCAUUUUGUCUGCUGUGUGCAGGAAUAGAUUGAGCCAUACAGAUUUGAAGGAAAAAGUUAAUACUGUUUUUUCAUAUUUAAGGAAAAAAAUGUAACUGCCAAGCGUAGUCCCAACAGCAAGAAACCUCCUCUUGUAGCCAAUGAACUUGCCCUGUCGAUUGUCUGGAACAAACCUGGCGACUUCAGAAUAGCAUUGUGCUCAAUGGACUUGGUGCUGUUUGAAGAUGUGACCGAUUUCCCACAUGAUUCUGCAGUGCUCUGUUAGUUUGGAUUUUUGUGUAGCAGGAAGUAGAAGUUAGAUUCAGCCUUCUUUACAGAUGUGUCCUGGACGUUGGGCCAGUUCUCACUCUGUGUGUGUGUGUGUGUGUGUGUGUGUGUGUGUGUGUGUGUGUGUGUGUGUAGAUGCGUAGAUGCAUUUGAAGGGAUGCUUUUCCCAAGUCCAAGAGGGUCCCUCAGUGCCCAAGAAGUAACUUGGCUUUCACCAUUAGUCCUGUGUGUCUCCACACAGCUGCCUGGAACAGCUUCCCAGAAGCUUGCAUAGAAGCUUGCAAAAGUGGAGUGCUUAGGGACCUACCUGUAUGCAGUCCACAUGCACUUAAGGCACUGUUAUUUAUACUGAGCAUACUGUACCCAUUCCUUCGACCUUAUGUAAUACUACCAUUCCACCAAAACAUAUACAAGUGUUACCCUUAGGCUGUAGCCUGGAUCUUAUUCUUGGUAGUUUACCUUCUUUCUUCCCCCUCUCCUCUUUGCUGCCUACUAUAAGAGGUAAAUAUGUACAUGGCAAGAUUUGUGUGUUGUCUUGCAAGAUUCAGGUAUGUUGCCUCCACGGUUUUCCCUUAUUCGCCCCUUAGACUACAGUUAGAGCAGUUUGUCCAUUAAUCCAGAAGUAACCAUUUGCACUGGAGUUCGAUACUCUCGCACCUUUCCAAAGUUAGCAAGUUUUGGGGUUGUGUUGUCAUGUAAAAGAUUGUUACCAUUCGCCAUACUUUGUCUGAAAAACUCCUUUGUGUUCCUCUUGACUUUGAUUAUGGUAAGAAAAGAUAAUUGUAGAUCUCUAGGUACUUCAGGGGCACUUCAUUGAGAGUUUUGUCUUGGAUAUUCUUGAAAGUUUAUAUUUUUAUAAUUUUUUUUUACAUCUGAUGUUUUUUUGCAGUUGCUUAAUGUUUGAAAUUAUUUUGUGGCUUUUUUGUAAAUAUUGAAAUGUAGCAAUAAUGUCUUUUGAAUAUUCCUAAGCCCAUGAGUCCUUGAAAAUAUUUUUUAUAUAUACAGUAACUUUAUGUGUAAAUACAUAAGCGGUGCAAGCUUAAAGGAUGUUGUGUUUUCAUGUGUUUUUUUCCUGAUAUGUUGUCCAAUUGUUGACAGUUCUGAAGAAUUCUAAUAAAAUGUAAAUA